CCGGCCGAGCCCCCGCCGCGCGAGCACGCCGCCCCGCCCGAGCCCGAGCCCGAGCCCCGCGCGCUGCAGAACGGCGACGCCGACGAGCCCUCCUUCAGCGACCCCGAGGACUUCGUGGACGACGUGAGCGAGGAAGAGCUGCUGGGCGAUGUCCUCAAAGACCGACCCCAGGAAGCCGACGGCAUCGACUCGGUGAUCGUGGUGGACAACGUCCCUCAGGUGGGGCCAGACCGGCUCGAGAAGCUGAAAAAUGUCAUUCACAAGAUCUUCUCCAAGUUCGGCAAGGUCAUCAACGACUACUACCCGGAAGAGGACGGGAAGACGAAAGGGUACAUCUUCCUGGAGUACGCCUCUCCCGCCCACGCCGUGGACGCCGUCAAGAACGCCGACGGCUACAAGCUGGACAAGCAGCACACGUUCAGGGUCAACCUCUUCACGGAUUUUGACAAGUACAUGACCAUCAGUGACGAGUGGGACAUCCCAGAGAAGCAGCCUUUCAAAGACCUGGGCAAUCUGCGGUACUGGCUUGAGGAGGCGGAGUGCAGGGACCAGUACAGCGUGAUCUUCGAGAGCGGGGACCGGACUUGCAUCUUCUGGAAUGACGUAAAGGACCCUGUCUCCAUCGAGGAGCGAGCGAGGUGGACAGAGACCUACGUGCGCUGGUCCCCAAAGGGCACCUACCUGGCCACCUUCCACCAGAGGGGCAUCGCCCUGUGGGGCGGCGAGAAGUUCAAGCAGAUUCAGCGGUUCAGCCACCAGGGCGUCCAGCUCAUCGACUUCUCCCCCUGUGAGAGGUACCUGGUGACCUUCAGCCCCCUGAUGGACACGCAGGACGACCCCCAGGCCAUCAUCAUCUGGGACAUCCUCACCGGGCACAAGAAGAGGGGCUUCCACUGUGAGAGUUCUGCCCACUGGCCCAUUUUUAAGUGGAGCCACGACGGGAAGUUCUUCGCCAGGAUGACCCUCGACACCCUGAGCAUCUACGAGACCCCCUCCAUGGGCCUGCUGGAUAAGAAGAGUCUGAAGAUCUCAGGAAUAAAAGACUUUUCCUGGUCCCCUGGUGGCAACAUUAUAGCCUUCUGGGUGCCCGAAGACAAGGACAUUCCCGCCAGGGUGACCCUGAUGCAGCUGCCCAGCAGGCAGGAAAUCCGGGUGCGGAACCUCUUCAACGUUGUGGACUGCAAGCUGCACUGGCAGAAGAACGGGGACUAUCUCUGUGUGAAAGUGGACAGGACGCCCAAAGGCACGCAGGGUGUUGUCACAAAUUUUGAAAUUUUUCGAAUGAGAGAAAAGCAGGUGCCCGUGGACGUGGUGGAAAUGAAAGAGCCCAUCAUCGCGUUUGCCUGGGAGCCCAACGGCAGUAAGUUCGCUGUGCUGCACGGGGAGGCUCCACGUAUCUCCGUCUCCUUCUACCACGUCAGGAGUAACGGCAAGAUCGAGCUCAGCAAGAUGUUCGACAAGCAGCAGGCAAACACCAUCUUCUGGAGCCCCCAGGGACAAUUCGUGGUGCUGGCUGGCCUGCGGAGCAUGAAUGGUGCCUUGGCGUUCGUGGACACCUCCGACUGCACGGUCAUGAACAUCGCGGAGCACUACAUGGCCUCUGACGUUGAGUGGGACCCGACCGGGCGCUACGUGGUCACCUCUGUGUCCUGGUGGAGUCACAAGGUGGACAACGCCUACUGGCUGUGGACCUUCCAAGGCCGCCUUCUGCAGAAGAACAGCAAGGAUCGCUUCUGCCAGCUGCUGUGGAGGCCCCGGCCACCGACUCUCCUCAGCCAGGAGCAGAUAAAGCAAAUUAAAAAGGACCUGAAGAAGUACUCCAAGAUCUUCGAGCAGAAGGACCGCCUGAGCCAGUCCAAAGCGUCCAAGGAACUGGUGGAGAGGAGGAGGGCUAUGAUGGAGGACUUCCGAAAGUACCGGAAGGCGGCCCAGGAGCUCUACGUGGGGCAGAAGAAUGAGCGUUUGGAGCUGCGAGGAGGCGUGGACACGGAUGAGCUGGACAGCAACGUGGACGACUGGGAGGAGGAGACCAUUGAGUUCUUUGUCACCGAGGAAAUCAUCCCUCUAGGGGGUCAGGAGUGACGGGCGUGCCCGUGCGCCCCGUCACCGCCGGGCCAGGACAGAGUCUUCGCCUGUGGAAGUCAGCUAGCGCCUGCCGUGCGGCCCGUGCCCACUCGGCUCCCCACGUCCACUCUGUGCCUUCAGACCUCUGGGUCCUCAGGAGGGGAGGCUUGAGGCACCGCCUGCCCUCGGGGGCUCCCUCCACGCCGCCAGGAUCUGCUGCUCGGCCUCCACAGGUUUCCGGGUGUCCGUUCCAGGGCUGCGGGCUGCUUCCGCCUGCCGACUCCUGUCCUGUGGGGCCUGCGUGGAGACAGGGAGGGGGCGUGUCCCGCAUGCAGGCGGGGCAGGUUCUCUGAGCAGGUUGAACGUGGAAAUAAAAGCCUGUGUGACACAGC